AUGCGCCAUUCGGGACUUCAACGCGAAGUCCUCAAGCUAUACCGAGCUUGUCUGCGUGCUGCAGGCAAGAAGCCAGAGGUUGGUCCCCUUCUUUCCAAGCCUCGCCACAUCUGUCAGGCAGUCAUCUCACACUCUACCUUGCUCCAACAGGCCACGAGAGAAAACUUCCGGAACGCGGCAAGACGCGAAUUCCGCAAGAACCAGAAGGUUGACAAAAAGGACUUUGGGGCCGUCGAAGCACUGAUCAGAAUGGGAGCCCGCAAGCUCGAGCUCUACUCGUCGCCUGGCGUCAGAGACAUCCAUUGA